CAAUCACACAUGCACCGACACCGGACCGGCGUUCAGCUGCGGAGAAAGAGCUACAGAGAGAAGGGAGUGUAGUACAAAGUGUUUUGAUUUUUUUUUGGUAAUGACAAACGCAUGAAACCGCCGGCAUGUGUGCGCUGAGAGUAUGUGCCUUCCGUGCACUUUGGAGCUUGUCCAAACCUCAACAGAGAAUGACCAUCCAGAACAGAUAUGUGAUAUCUGCCAGAGAUUACUCUCAAGCAGGGAACCAGAACACACUGAGAUGGGACCUUAGUCCUGAGGACAUCAAAACUAGGACAGACAACUUGAUCAACCGAAUAAAGAAGGUUUAUGAUGAUGUUGGAUCUCUUAACAUUGAAAACAUCUGUGUUGAAAACACCCUGAAGGCGUUGGCUAAUGCCAAGCUGGACUAUGCAUCAUCAAGGCACGUCCUUGAUUUCCCCCAGCAUGUGUCCCCCUCUAAGGAAGUCAGGACAGCAAGCACUGAAGCAGACAAAAAACUGUCUGAGUUUGAUGUGGAGCUAAAUAUGAGAGAAGAUGUUUUCAAGAGAUUAACUGCCUUACAGGCAAAGCUCCAGGACAACCUCCCACCUGAGGAAAAGAGACUCCUGGACAGACUUGUUACAUUAGGCAAGCGGAAUGGAUUGCAUUUGUCUAAAGAUAUACAAGAGGAAAUAAAAAGAACCUCCAAAUUGAUAGCUGAACUCUCCAUUGAGUUCAACAAGAAUCUGAAUGAGGACAACACUUCUCUUGUAUUUACCGAACGUGAACUAGGUGGGCUUGCAGAAACGUAUCUCAAUGGUCUGGAGAAAACUGCGGAUGGACACUACAUAGUGACACUUGCAUAUCCCCAUUACUAUCCCCUGAUGAAGAGGUGUCACAUUCCUGAGACCAGGAGGAAGAUGGAAACUGCUUUCCAUAGCAGAUGUAAAGAGGUUAACACUGCAAUCCUUGAGCAGUUAAUACAGCUGAGGGCAAAGGUUGCAGACUUACUUGGUUACAAUAGCCACUCCAACUAUGUACUGGAGGUUAACAUGGCCAAGAAUGCAAGCAAUGUGUCUGACUUUCUAGAUAAAUUCUAUGAGACUCUGAAGCCGGUCGGGACCAAGGAGAGAAAAUACAUUCUUGCGCUCAAGAAGAGAGAGUGUUUAAUGAGGGGCUACAAUUAUGACGGACAGAUCAACGCCUGGGAUUUGCCCUACUACAUGAAUCAAGUGGAGCAGUUCAAGUUUGCGGUGAACAAGGACAAACUAAUUGAGUAUUUCCCACUUGAUGUGGUGACAGAAGGACUGCUUGGCAUUUACCAGGAGCUGCUGGGUCUCACAUUCACAGAGAUGGAGCAUGCACACGUGUGGCACGAAGAUGUCAAGAUCUUUUCAGCCCGGGACACUGAAACGGAGGAAGAGAUAGGACAGUUCUAUCUGGACUUGCAUCCCAGAGAAGGGAAGUAUGGGCAUGCUGCCUGCUUUGGGCUCCAGCCUGGGUGCAGAGGCCCUGAUGGAAAACGCAGGCUUCCAGUGGCAGCUAUGGUGGCUAACUUUACCAAGCCCAGAAAAGGCUGGCCCUCUCUCCUCCAGCACCAUGAAGUGGAAACAUACUUUCAUGAGUUUGGUCACGUAAUGCACGAGCUGUGUUCCAAGACCACUUUUUCAGAAUUUAGUGGAACCUUGGUCGAGAUUGACUUUGUGGAGGUGCCGUCUCAGAUGCUUGAAAACUGGGUCUGGGAGAAGGAACCUCUUAGGAGAAUGUCUCGCCACUACAAGGAUGGCAGCCCGAUCCCUGAUAAUCUGCUGGACAAGCUCAUUUCUUCCAGAGUAGCCAAUACUGGUUUGAUGAAUCUGCGUCAGAUAGUUCUCAGUAAAGUAGAUCAGUCACUCCACAACAGCGACAGUGCAAAUACAGCAGAGGUUUUUGCACAGCACUGCCAAGACAUCCUGGGUAUUCCUGCCACGCCAGGCACCAACAUGACUGCUAGUUUUGGCCACCUGGCUGGAGGAUAUGAUGGCCAGUACUAUAGCUAUCUGUGGAGUGAAGUCUACUCCAUGGACAUAUUCUCCAGUCGUUUUAAGAAAGAAGGCAUAAUGAAUCCAAAGGUUGGCAGAGAGUACAGAAGGGUUAUUUUGGAAGCUGGAGGCUCUGUGGAUGGAAUGGACAUGCUGAAGACCUUUCUUGGACGUGCCCCUUGUCAGGAAGCUUUUUUCCAGUGCAAGGGACUAAUGAAGUCUCAGGAAACAAAAACAGUGUAAUUUAAUGUAGAAACAGUAGUCCUUUUAAUCCAAAGGUACAUUUCCAAUGGUCUGAGUACAGGGUCACUUCACCUUUGAGUGAGUUAUAACUUUUUACUGUGAUUUUCAAAUGUAAUGUAAAGUAAAGGUUCCUCAUGGACAGUACAAAUGUAUGCAAGUAUUGUUUACACUAAAAAUGACAAUCAUGUGCCUAAAGAGUUCUAAGUGAUGUAGAAUUUAUAAAGACUACCUUAAAAUAUGUGUUAGUAAUUUUUAUAUUGUUUGUAUCCACAAUAGAAAAUGUCUCCUUUUAUGUUCUUGAAAAGAAAUGUAUUUAGACAUGUCCUGGACAUGCAUUAGACCCAGUUUCUAACUACAAAUAGGUGAAAAUGUGCAAACCACUGAGCUUUAUGUGAUCUAAACUAAAAUUCCAGUUAGU